UAUCUCUUAGACGCGAAAGGUUCUUGUCGGUUUCUUCUUCAUGCUAGCAAAUUUUUAAAUGAGCUUUGACGUGGUGAAGAAACACAACAUUCAGUUAGACGGCGAGUAUGUUUUUUUUUUUUUUUUAAAGCUAACUUUCUGACGACGAACGGUGGUAACUGAAUGUUAGAGUGAACUGCCAGCGAGCCGCUGACGUUUGAAAAUCAUGACGGAUGCUAAUGAGUUGUAUGAAGCAAUCACACCGGAGCUGAAUAAUGUGGUCAGCUUUGACACUGGGCAGACUGAGGAAGAGCAGGAGAGCUUUAACUUUCACGAAGAAACGGUCUCAGAUGAUAUUCCACCAUCUCUGCUCAGCUACUUUGAAACCUCAAAGAGCAGAGCAGCAGUUUGUGAGAAGUUCUUCCUCGAGGAACUUGAAGACUUCACUGCAUCACAUCUCACAAAGGACAUGAUGAACUUCCCUAUUGAACUCGAUAAGGACACGAUGAAGCUGGAUAUGCAGGAUACUUGUGGAACAGAAAAUGAGGAACACAACUCUUCCACUGACACUGACCUCCCCCCUGCACCCAGGGAAACAGAAGCACUUUACACACACAAUGUGUCAGUGUGUCCCUACAAUGAAGAUGAGGCUGAAAUGGAUGAAUAUAUGGGGUGCCAGAAGUAUCUGGAAUUCAAAGUGAGGACCCUUAAGAGCUCAAUGAAAGAAGAGGAGAUAAAACAAAGCAGUGAAUACCAGAGAGAACACAGGGAGGAACAACAUUGUGAGGAGAUGAAGAAAGUGGAUCAAAGGAGGCAAAGAGAAAGAGACUUCCAGGAGGAGUUGAAGAAGAUAAUGGAGGCAGAGAAGCUACAUCAAAAGGAACUUGAGUUGAUGGAGAAAAGAGCGCAGGAAAAACUUGAACAGGAGUUGCUGCUUCAGCAGGAGCUGAUCAGCAACUUACGGAAACGAGUGGAGGAAGAGAGGAAGAUGAGGGAGGAGGAGCAGGAGAGGAUAAAGGAAGAGGGUGAGAGGAAGAGGAAGGAGGAGGAAGAGAGGAGGAAGAGAGAGGAGGAGGACAGGAGGAAAAGGGAAGUGGAGAGAAUUAAGAGAGAGAUGGAAAGGAAAAAGAUGGAGGAGGAGACGAGAAGGAAUAAAGAGGAAGAAGAAAAGAGAAAAAUAGAAGAAAUGAGACUCAAAGAAGAGCACAGAAAGAAGAAGGAAGAGGAGCAGAAGAAAAUGGAAGAAGAGGAAAAGAGGAGAAUCGAAAAGGAGGAAAAGAGGAAGAGAGAAGAAGAAGAAAAAAACAAAGUAGAGGAGUACAUGAGGAAGAAGGAGGAAGAGAGAAAAAGUAAUGAGAUAAGACUUAAGGAAGAAGAGAAGAGGAGACAGGUGGAAGAAGAAGAAAGAAAAAGGAAGGAAAAUGAGAAAAUAAAGGAGAGGGAGAAAAAAAGGAUAAGAGAGGUGGAGGAGGAAACAAGGGAAAGGGAAGAGGAGAAAAAAAUGAUAGAGGUGGCAAGAAAGAAGAUGGAGGAAGACAAAAGAAGAAAAAAUGAAGAAGAAAUACGACUUAAGGAGGAGGGGAGAAACAGUGAUGACAAAUAUAAGAGAAGAGAGGAAGAGGAGGAAAAGAGAAAAAGUGAUGAGGAAACAAGAAAGAAAGAGGUCGAGAAGAAAACGAUGGUUGAACAGAUGAAGAGAAAGGAAGAGGAAAAUAGACAAAUAGAAGAAAUGCAACUCAAGGAAAAUGGAGAAAAGAGAGAGAAUGAUAUGGAGGAGAAACAUAGUAUGGAGUGUAAAGAUAUGAUAAGGAUGGAAGAAGAGAAAAACACAAAAGAGGAAGAGUGGAAGAAAUGGCAGGAGGAGGAAAUGAGGCAACAGAAAAAAGAAGAAUACAGUAAUAUAGAAGAAGAAUUGAGACUCAAAAAAGAGAAGGAAUUGAAUGAAGCACAUGAAGCAGACAACAGAAAGAUGGAAGAUGAGAGAAAAACAAAGGACAAAGAAAAGAGGCAGGAAGAGGAGGAUUAUAUGAGAAAAAGGGAGGAUGGCAGAGGAAAUAUAGAGGCAGACAAGAGGCAGAUUAAUGAAGAUGUGAGAAAAAAGAAAAAAGAAAAAAUAAAAGCAGAAGAAAAAAGACUUGAAGAGGAGGAAAGCAACAAGAUUAGAGUUCGAGAUGCUGAAAAGGAGGAGAGACUGAUGCGAGCAAAUGAGCUGCAAGAAAGGAAAAGAGAAAAUGACAGCAUGAAAACUCAAAAUGAGAGCAAGAAUAGAGAGAACACCAGAAACCCCCAGACCUCACAACUAGAAAACGGCAAUACCCUGACCCCCUCAAGCCCUGGUCCUUUACACAGCGAGUCCACAGCCAGUCCCACCAGCUCUGAAACUAUACAACAACUUGACCUGAACAAGGACAUUAGUCAGACCUCCGUAUAUAAAACUAUGAACCAACAAGAUGCAGCAUUAGAGCCUUGCUUUUCUUCCGGCUCUUUACCUGUGUGUCUCCCAGAGCACACAGAGCAGAAGAGGCUGUCAUGGAUGAAAGACUGCGUCCCAUGGUCCAAACUGUCUCUCCAGAACAGGAGGAAACAAAAAGGAUGUGUCCGAAGUCAAAGAGGACUGAGGAGGGCCGCCGAGGCCAGCAGUCUGCCACCUCUCUGCCCACACACUCUGCUGCAGUCCACAGGCUGCAAAUCCCUGCAAGAGGUAACCACAGUGACCCUGGGGGAUUUGCCGGGCUGCAGCUUAUCCCCCCUCGCUCAGUGUACUCACCUUCAGUCCCUCACCCUCAGACGCUGUGGCCUCAAAUCCCUGGAAGGCAUCAACCAGUUACCACAGCUCUGCUACGUCGAUGUACAGGAAAAUGACAUCUCAUUUGUGGACUGUGAAAACAUGAGCAGUUUGCGAGUUCUUCGACUUGGCCACAACAAGCUGACAUCCAUCCAUGGUUUAAGUGGUGCUGAAAAUUUGGACGUUCUAGACCUCUCACACAACUCCAUCACCCGCAUCGCUGGUCUGGAGUCUAUGAGGAGACUGCAUUGGUUGUCAGUGGAUCACAACCAGCUGAUCAGCUCCAAAGGACUGAGGGACGUUUAUACCCUGCUUCACCUGGACUGCUCACACAACCACCUGGCAAGCGUGGAGGGUCUGGAGAACAUGGCUCUGCUCCAGACACUGGACCUAAGAGCCAACAGCCUCACUGAGCCCCCCAGUCUUAACAACCACAUCCUCCUCAGAGAGCUGCAUCUAGACGACAACAGCAUCUCCUCACUUCAGGGCCUCGUUGUCUGCUGGCUUCCCCUCAUAUGCCACUUCUCGGUGGCUCAAAACAGAAUUACCCUCCUGCCCUCCAUGUCUGAUUUUGUGUCCCUUGCAAAUCUGGAUCUUUCUUUCAACUGCUUAUCAGAACUGCAGAAUGUGUGCGAGAGUCUGGAGGGAUGUCAAUUUCUGCGAGAGGUCCACCUCACUGGGAAUCCCCUUCAGCAGGAAAGUGGCUGGAGAUCCACUCUGCAGAGGGCAGUGGCUGGCCUGAGAGCCAUUGAUGGCCAGGACACAGACUCCUCUCUGUCGGCCCCUGCUGUUCAACAGGUCAGCUCGGACUCAGGCAGCUUCCUAACGUUUUGCCAGGCUCAGCUUAAGCAGACUCAGGAUUUACAGCAGCGGCACAGCAGGGAGCUCAGUAAUGCCUCAUCUCACCUGGAUGCUGUAAAAAGCUCCUGCAGACACUUCACUGAGACCCUGAAACUGGCUGUGGACCAGAGAUAUGCCCACGAAUAUGGCAGCACGACUGUGUCUGCAGCCCAAACAACGGCUGAGAAAACACUGGACAUGGGCAGUACCAAUGCUCAAAAGCCUGCUGAGCACUUGGAAAUGGAGUCCACUGAAGAAGUUCCACCGAGCUUUCCGAGCAGGAACAAUGUCAACUGCAGCUACUGGACUUUAGAGGAGAAGUCAUCCACGGAGAGUUGGCGGGACACAUUACACACUGUUACAACAGCUCUAAAAUCAAGCCCUCACUCCUUGGGAACAAAGGGAAAAUUAACUGCCAGAUCCCAUUUUGAAAUGGCACCACUGUCCAACCAUCAAGACCGGGACCCCAAAAACACAGCAGCAGUCAUGAUUCAACAACGGUGGAGGAAGUACAGAUUGAAAUGUGGGAACAUCAGCAGCCCCCCCACAGCUGAGAGGGGAGGGGGAAGAGGAGUAGAGGGAGCAAAGCCAGAGUCAGGACCUCCCUAUAUUAACAGGAGUGUUGUUGGCCAAGAUUAUGCAGCAACUAUCAUCCAGGCGUUCUGGAAGGGCUUCACUCUGAGGAGGAGGCUCGCAUCUGCUCUCGCUGCUGUCACAUGCCCCGACAGCGGCGAGGACGAAAUCUUUGAGGAGGUAGACGUGGAUGAAUUUGUCUUUGAUGAGGCAGCACUAGAGAAGCACUGGACAUUGCUGCUUACGGAAGACUCACCUUCCAGACAUCACCCUGUGUCAGAGCAGUCUCCAUCUCUGGAGCCUACUUGGCCGUUUCCUGAACCCUCCCAGUACGCACUCCCACCACCACCUUUAUGGAGGGCAAAGCAGGCCUGGGUGGUUGGGGAACAGGUGGACUCCAGUGGCCAGAGAAUUUCCCCAGAGAGCUCCGACAGAAGCAAAUCUCCUGCUUCAACCUCGGUGCUCAGUGGUCUCUCUGCAAGAUCAAAAAAGAUUCUGGAAGAAUGGGGCUUUAAACACAGCCACACAGCUCUCCUGAUGCUCAAGAGAGCUCAAAGGAUGAAGUUGAAUAAGCAACAGAAGAAGAAACAUGGUGAUCCCCCUGUCCGCCCUGCCUUGUUCAGAAACUGCAAUUACCAGCGGGAUCCAGUGGAGGCACGAAACAGGCCUGCACCACACAGCAGAAAUUAUAUGAAAGUGUGUGAGGCUGAGCUGGGCCUUCACCAGGCAGAGGAGACGGAGCAAGUGAAGCGGGAACAAGCUCAGCAGUGGUUGCACACCCAGUCUGACAGGGACCCAGAGAGCGAGCAUUUCUUACCGGAGAUCAACUCGGACAUUCUGAACGGAGGCAGAGUGCAGCUAGUGGCUGAUCCAGGGUACACAGAAUGUCUACAUCACGCCAGUGGAUUGUGGGCCAACAGCAGUUUAGCUGCCCAACCCAGCAAAGAGAGAAAUUAUCCUCGCAGAAACUCUUUGGGUCUUGCAAGAAAAGAGCUUCCAGCCCCUAAGCAAGUCACGUCUGCUCCAUUAAAAAGGGAGCGCAUCUCCUUCCGAGACAACCCUGUCCAGUUGAGUGGCGGCUGGGGAGGGGGCAAGAAGAGGGACAAAGUGUACAAGUAAAACACAAACUCCUCUGCAACCACGACCCCCUUUUUUUCCCGCCCUGCCCCAGCACUCCUUAAGGCAGAUACAACUGCGGUACUUUUUAAAUUUUUAUUUCUAUCUUUGUAACCCUGAUACAUCUACCUAAAAAUGUCCGGUAUUUUCAAAAUAUAUGUGCAUUGGUACUGCUCACAGCCAUGGAAGCUUUGGUAUAGUGUUAACAUGUUCACUUGCAAAACAGCACAAAUGAUGAUGUCUGAAGAUAUCAAAUAAAUCUGUUGUUAGGAGUUUAGCCACUAAGUGUCAGUGUGAAGUAGCUAAUUCUUUCUUCCAUGAUGAAGAAUUUCUUGAGUUUUAUUUAUAAUGCUAUUUUAUCACCUGCGCUGAAUCUCCCUGCAGCUGUUCUUUUUAAACUCAGCUGAAAACUCUGGCUCUCUCUCCUGAAAAUUAAUUAAGACCAAUAGGACCUAGACCAGCCAAAACAUCCUCAGGCACUUCUAUUAUGUUAAUUCUGCUCAAGUGUCAGUGCCUGAACCUGAUAGCAGCAGCCAGUACCGAAACACAUGGAGCAAAGUCACAACCCCUCAGCAAAUGACACGCUUUGUGUGCAGAUGAUGGCAUGAAAUAAGAACCAGGACCUGCAAUACCUGUGGAUUCAUGUUUCUUACCAUGCUUCACUGUGGUUUCUGCGUCGAUAUGCUCUCAGGACAGAAAAUAUAGUAGAUAUAGUUUGUAACCAUGGGAAGAGAUGUGAGUUUUCCACUUCUCCUGUGCUCUCUUAACAGUAAAGUUUAAUGAAGCCCAGAAAUUCAUGUGCAGUUUCACCAUUCUGUGGAUGUAUUUGACUCUGGCUCAGCAACAGUGGACUUGAAAUUAUUGCCUUUAUGAGCCGGGCACAAACAUUGGUGUUAGAAUUAGAAGCCUGUUUUCUUUAUUUUCAGUCGUGGAUUAUAAUGGCCUUGUCUGUGUAUUUGAAUUUGGAGAGCUAGAGCGUCCGUUCACAAACACUGUCCUACCGGAGGCAGUGAACCUCAGGCUUGGAGGUUUCUCGCUGGUCCGCUGCCUGGAAAUGAUAACUUAAUGAAUGUCAAAACAAAUAUUCAGAGCUGCAGAGUGGCUCCCUGGCAGGAAAUGCAUGUCUCUCUAUUUAUUUUCCUUCUAUCUUUCACUUACACAUGUCUGGAGGGUGUGUUUUGACUGUACACGAGCUGAUGGGGAUUUUUGUCUUGGAGAGUGCCGUAUGCCAGAUAUGUGGUGGUCCUGCCCACUUUGGGGCUGUUGUGAAACCCAAGAGCACUGUCCCCCUCCAGGGGGAGACUGAAGCCCCGAGCCCUCCUGGGGGACCUUCAGGGGCUGUUUUUCUGUCAUCAAACCGUCAUUAUACAGCUGUGAUACUGGAAAAAGAUUUUUAUCGAACAUAUCAGACAGGUGAUAUAGAAGUGCUGUACAUGCACAUCUUGUCACAAGUUUUGUUUUGUUUGACGCAAGUUCAGAUCUGCCAGGCUUUUAGACUUCUCCUCUACAACUACUGCUUCUGAAAUUAUACUGUUAAACCAUCGUCCACCGGCCGUCAUUAGAUUUGUUUACCUUUGUGUUAUGGGUAAAUUAUAUGUAACUUAAGUCAUCCAAAAUCCAUUGCCUGGUGAAAUGAGUGCUCCGCCACACAUUUAGAUAAGACGAAGAAUGUCCCUCUCGGUCCAGCGUGCGCUGCCAGCCUGACCUCAAGUCAGCAAAUGCAGUCAAAUGGAGUCUAGCAGGGAGAGGUUUCGAAUCCAAAUCGCUCCAAGUGCCGUCCUCAAAUACAUUAUAGGACCAUAACAGUGUAUGUGCAAGUUUUAGCUGCAAAUUAUGUAUAUGUAUACUGUACAUUUUCGCUGACCGUUUCUGAAUGCGUACUGCACAGUUUUCAAUUUUUUUGGGGCAUUUUUUUUGUAAACAAUUCCAGGCAGCUAUAAGUUUCUGUUAAUUCCCCUAUGUUUGAGAACGAAUUAGCAGACUCAUGAAAC